AUGGUUGAGUACAUGAAGGACAGAGUAAAAGCUGGCAAAGCUCUCAGCAGAGAAGAGAGAGAAAUGCUUGCCGCAGCCUUCAAGAGUGCGAUGAGCAACCGCCGCCUUGCAGUGCGGGUGUGCAAGAGCAUUCAGAGCCAAGAGGCGAAGCGGACAAAGAGAAAAAAUGCUGCCUUGACAUCAGGUUAUUUGACCAAGGUCCGCUUGGAGUUGCAAGGUCUUUGUAUCCAGAUCCUCGAGCUGAUCGAGGGAAUUCUUUUGCCAAAAGCAGAGAAUGGGGAGCCGAUGGUCUUCUACAAGAAACUGCAAGUCAUCUUCCCAAUCUUCUUUCAUUCGCAGUUCGCUCCUCUUCAAUCGGUUCCCAAACAGGCCGACUAUUACAGAUACCUGGCAGAGUUCCUCGAAGGGGAUGGCCACAAAGAGGCAGUUGCCAGCGCGAUUGAAGUCUAUGCAGAUGCGACGGCUGAGGCAGAGAGGCAUCUCAUGGUCACGCAUCCUGUGCGCCUUGGGCUCGCUCUGAAUUAUGCAGUCUUCCAGCAAGUGAUCCGCAAGGACGAUUCCUCGGCCGUGCGGAUAGCGAAGGAUGCAUAUUUGUCGGCUGUGCGGGCUCUUGAAGGCAUGCCACAGGAAGCUGUAAGGGACGCCCAUCCAAUACUUGCGCUGUUGCAGGAAAAUCUGCAGGUCUGGUCACCUGAGGGCUUCUCUUAGUUGGACCAGCCAUGUUUCACCGGCUCCGUUCAGAGUGUAGUAACGUC